UACCAACGUUUCGAACUACGUUCGUUCAAUGCAACGCUACCUACGGACGGAGUGAAUCACCUUAUCUGGACAAUGAAGUUUACUAUAAAAUGACUAUAAAUUGAAACCAAAUCUUUUAUCAACUAAAGAUAUUUUAGUAAAGAAUCACAUCAGUUUUUACAGUCUCUCCUUUAUCAUGGCAACGGGUGGCUUGAACUUGCCACCCUCUGUGGUGGCAAGGAAGGCCAAAAUGGAGGAGAAUGAGCCACAGAAAAUGUCACGAGAGGAUUGGAGAAAGGAAAAGGAGCUGGAGGAGAUGAGGAAGGCAGGAACAGCUCCAGCCAUGAAGGAUGAGGAGGGCAGGGAUAUCAAUCCCCACAUCCCUCAGUACAUCAUGCAGGCACCCUGGUACUUUGGAGCAGAGGCAGCUACACUCAAACAUCAGCGCCAACAGCCAGAGAAACUCAAGGAAUAUUCUAAACUAGGAAAACUGGUCAAAAAGGGAGUAAUAGAGGGCUCUGUUGCAACAAAAUUCAGAAAAGGUGCUUGUGAAAACUGUGGAGCCAUGACACAUAAAAAGAAAGAUUGUGUUGAGAGACCAAGGAAAGUUGGUGCUAAGUUUUCUGGUGACAAUUUUGCUCCAGAUGAGCACAUUGUGCCAGUUCUGGAGCAUGACUUUAGUGGGAAGAGGGACCGAUGGAAUGGCUACGACCCUGAUGACCACCAGCGGAUCCAUGAGGAGUGGGCCAGGGUAGAGGAGGCAAAACGUAUGUUGAAAGAGGAGAAACUUGAUGCUUCCUUCAAAGCACAGGAAGGGGAGGAGCGGGAAGUCAGGGCUAACAACAGCGAGGAUGAGGAUAAGUAUGCUGAUGAUGUAGACAUGCCUGGACAAAAGUUUGAAACUAAACAGCGAAUUACUGUCAGGAAUCUCCGUAUUCGUGAAGACACAGCUAAGUAUCUCUACAACUUAGAUCCAAACUCAGCCUUCUAUGAUCCCAAAACGAGAUCCAUGCGACAGAACCCAUUUGAAAAUACAAGUCGUGACCAAUCUGAGGUUAAAUUUACUGGGGAUAACUUUGUACGGUUCUCUGGUGAUGCUCAUGAAUUCUCCAAAAAGCAAGUAUUUGCAUGGGAUGCAUAUGAGAGUGGAACUGAAGUCCACCUCCAGGCUGAUCCUACCAAACUUGAGCUGUUGUCCAAGGAGGUGGACAAACGCAAGGACACUUUCAAGACUACCGCCAAGGAUAGUAUCCUGGCCAAGUAUGGUGGAGAGGAACACUUGGAGGCGCCCUCUAAACAGCUGCUGCUGGCACAAACUGAGAAUUAUGUCGAGUACUCACGUCACGGGACAAUUAUUAAAGGCCAAGAAAAGGGAGCAAUACGGUCAAAGUAUGAAGAAGACAUGUACAACAACAAUCAUACAAGUGUCUGGGGAUCAUACUGGAAAGAUGGUCGCUGGGGUUACAAGUGCUGUCACUCAUUAGUGAAGGAAGCUUAUUGUACUGGGGAGGCUGGUAAAGAAGCUGCACAGAACCUCUUAAUGAUAGAGAAUCAGGACAAUACAGGAUCUGAAGAAGAGGCCCCCAAGUCACUAUUAGAGCAACACCAAGAAAAAUUGAAAGAGAAAGAUAAAAAGAAAAAGAAGAAAAAGAAAAAGAAGAAACAUAAGAAAAGAUCAUCAAGUAGCAGCAGUGAGGAGGAGGAUGAAGACAAAGUGAAGGAAAGGAAAUUAAAGGAGGCAUUGAAAAAGGAAGAGGAUCACCAAAAGAAAAUGGAGCAGUUGAUGAAGAUGGACGAGAGGAAACGUCCAUACAACAGCAUGUAUUCAGAGGCUGCCCCCACUGAGGAAGAGAUGGAAGCUUGGCGACUCAAACAGCGACGUAUGGACGACCCCAUGUCCCACUUUUUGUAGCAAAUCUGUCACCCAACAUUGUUAUCUUAUGCCUAAAUAUGUGACAAGAUUUGUAACGCUUAACAUCUGUGGAAUGUGCUGCCUUUCAAAGAAAAUCUGGAAAUUUGAAAAUACACAUAGAAUUGAAGAGAAUUUAAUGAAAGAAGCCUUAUUGUAUUGGUAAAAUGGUUGAAUAUUUGUUCAGUGCGUUGGGUAACAUUUUUAUUUUGAUCAUGGUUUACUGCCAGACAUUGCAUGUAUGGAUCAUAUCUGAAACACAGAGUUGGAAUUCAGAAGUAAAGAUUGGAGUGUAUUUGUUUAAGUCUGUCAAUUUACAAGGUUAUAGUUCAGGAACAAUUGUAAGGUCUCUACUCUGAGGAUUGGUGAAACUUCAAGAAUUAAUAGAUAAUAAUUGAAAGCUUAUGUAACUCUGUUGCAAAAAUAAUGUAUGUAAAAUAAUUCUAGAAAUUCAUACCCUUGUUGGAUUUAUUGAAUUUUAUUGUAGAAGUGAGCUCUUCAAAAUUGUGUGUAGAAUUUCAGAGGUUGGUUAUAAGAGGAAGUUAGUGUUGUUACAUGGACAUGUUAGAGAUGAUAAAAAUAAGAUUUAGUUAUAAUUAACUACGAAGUGGUAGUUGUUGUAAGAAUGUGACUAAACUAAUGACAACCAUAGAGUGUGAAUUCAAGCUUACUUUCAUUAAAGUAUGACAGAAUUAAAAGUCAUUGUAACAUCAUAUAUUCAUGAAAAUAUAAAAAUGAUAUAAUUGUCAAUCAUACAGAACAUUGUAAAUAUUUACAGCUGUACAUAUUGAACAAACUGAAUAAGUUUGAUUGAUACAGAAAUUUUUAACAGUGACGAGGCAGAAACUCUACAACGUUGACGUGAUGUUCUACCCAAGUCAGCUUUUUCUUGUACAUAUCACUCUUGGAUCAUUCAUUUUCAUAUUUACAACAUUGUCAUCAAUUCAUAAAUAAAUAUCAACAUUGCCGAUUCCCA